UUGCGCAUUUGGGGUUCACACAAGCAUUUGGAAGGAAUAAUAAUCGAUCGACCGAUGUGCGCUAUCUCCAUUUCUCACACACAAGUUUAUUGAGGUUCUUUGUGUAUUCUGUAGUGAAGAAGAACAUUUGACCAUUCAGUUAUAUUGAAAAUGGUUAAAAUGGAACACGAAGAUGGGAAAAAUGAACCUGAACAUGUUAGGAAAUUAUUUAUUGGUGGAUUGGAUUAUAGAACUACAGAUGAUUCUUUAAAGAAACACUUUGAAAAAUGGGGGGAAAUUGUAGACGUAGUUGUAAUGAAAGAUCCAAAAACAAAACGAUCCAGAGGAUUUGGAUUUAUUACUUAUUCUCGUGCACAUAUGGUAGAUGAUGCUCAAAAUGCAAGACCACAUAAAGUUGAUGGACGUGUAGUUGAACCUAAAAGAGCUGUUCCUAGACAAGAAAUUGGUAGACCUGAAGCUGGAGCAACAGUAAAAAAAUUAUUUGUGGGUGGUUUAAAAGAUGAUCAUGAAGAAGAAGACCUUAGACAAUAUUUCCAAAGUUAUGGUAGCAUAAAUUCAAUUAGCAUUGUAACAGAUAAGGAAACUGGCAAAAAACGUGGUUUUGGUUUUGUUGAAUUUGAUGAUUAUGAUCCUGUGGACAAAAUUUGUUUGCAACGAAAUCAUCAAAUACGCGGCAAACAUGUAGACGUUAAAAAGGCUUUAAGUAAGGCAGAGAUGGCUUCUGCAUCAGGAGGUGGUGGUGGUGGUGGUGGUGGUGGCGGUGGUAGCAGAGGAGGACAGAAUGUAGGAAGAGGACCUCGUGGUGGCAAUCAGGGUGGCGGUAAUUGGGGAGGUCGAGGAAGUGGAGGCGGCGGAGAUUGGAAUAAUGGUGGUAAUCAGGGCGGUUAUAGUGGAGGUAAUCAAGGAGGUUGGGGCGGUAACGGCCCUUGGGAGAAUCAGAAUCAAGGUAAAGGAGGUGGCUGGGGAGGUCAAGGAGGUCAAGGUGGAUAUAAUAGUGGCGGAAAUUGGAGCAACGAUAACUUUGGCGGAGGUUACCAGCAAGGCUAUGGCGGUGGUCCAGUACGGAAUAAUUUCAACUCUGGAAGACCAGCACCCUAUGGUAUUAAUAUGGGUCCUAGUGGCCGACAGUCUGGAGACUCGAGAUGGCUACCACCCUUUGGUGGACAAGGUCCCAUGGGUGGUGGAAAUUCUGGAGGUGGUGGUGGUGGAUACGGUAAUCAAGGAGGCUAUGGCGGUAGUUCUCUUGGUGGCGGAAACAUGGGCGGAGGAGGUGGUGGUGGUGGAAGAAGAUACUAAAAUACACGUUAUCCAUGGUUACUUCCCUCACGUGAGCGCUCCGUGUCACAGCUACCGUUGUCACUCGUCAUAGGAGGUAAGUUGAAAUCUACUGCUUUUUUAAUUUUACAAUUAUACUAUUAUAAUAUUUAACAUUCUUAAGAUUAUCAUAAUUAUAAAUCGUACAUUAUAUUAAGGGUUCAAAAGAUAAAGGAAACAAAUAUAAAUUUUUUAUAUAUAAAUUAAUAGUUUACCUAAUAUAUUUAAAAAGCGUAUGUGAUUUAAAAAGUCACAUAACAAAUUUAUGCUAUUCUGUGCAGUAUAAUUGAGUUAUAUGCAGUAUGUGGACAUGUCAUAGUGGUGCCUAAAUUUGAAAUUAAUUUUAUCAUUAUUGAAUGUGACAGGCUUAUCCCUUGAGAAGUUCAUGUAAUAUAAUAUAUUAUAACUAGUCUUUUAGAAAGGGAAUAAGUCAUGGACCAAUAAGGAGUAAGUUUUAUGAAACUAUAUGCUCUUAUAAAAAAUAAGUGUCCAAUUUAAAAAAUUAACAAAUGUUACAAAUUAGAACAAGUAAGUCAUAACUUUUUGAGAUACAUAUUUUUUGUUAUUUAUAUCUUAAAGAUUAUUUAUUGCAGAGAGUAAACUAAAUGUACAAGAAUAUUACAGAGUGUUAAGGCAUUGAUAUUUAAAUGGAUAAUGAAAUUCAAUGUAAAAGAGAAAAAUUAUGCAAAAGGUAAAAUCUUAUUCUUUAUACUUUUUUACCAUAAUUUUGAAAAAAAAAAUAAAUAGUUAAGUAUUACAAGUUAAUGGUAUUUUUAGGAAACAUCUAUUUUACACAAACUAAUGUUUUGCACAGGUAAAAUAAUAUAAAAUAAUCAAUUUUCAACUUUUAGAGUGGAAUAAAAUAACAAGGGAUGAAGGAAAAUUAGCUAGAUCCUAAAGAUGAGUAACAAACUUUUAUAGUUUGAUUACUCGUUGAUUCAUUAAGCAUGUUUAUUAAUAUUGUAAGAAAAAUGUUAAAUAACGUAAUUAUUAAUUUAUUAUGUAUUAUAAAGAACUAAUUAUUUACAUUAAUUUUCAGCAAUGUAAUUUGGAAAACUUUUCUAAUGUAAUAAACCUUUUUUCAGUA